AUGGAUUUUACCACAACCCAUGCCGCGGUUAUAUCAGCUCCCGAUAAAAGUCGCAUUCAGAUUUCUCCCCGACAAAGGAUUAUCGUCGCCCUGACAGGUGCCACGGGGUCGAUUCUAGUGAUCGCACUACGUCGACUGAAUAUCGAAACCCAUCCCGUGAUCAGCAAAUGGGCUGAAAAGGCCGUCAAAUACGAAACAGACUAUACUAUCGCCAACAUUCGGGGCCUGGCCGACCACGUCUACAACGUCCACGAUAUGGCUGCGGCCAUAUCAAGCGGGUCCUUCCGUGUGGACGGUAUGAUCGUCGCUCUCUGUAGCGUGAAAACACUCGCCUCGAUCAAUACAGGCGUUUGCGAUGAUCUGAUCUCCCGUGCAGCGGAUGUCGUGCUGAAGGAGCGGCGGAAGUUGGUCCUGGCUGUGCGGGAAACGCCGCUCAGCCUGAUUCAUCUUCAAAACAUGGUGUCUGUGACGCAGGCUGGGGCGAUUAUAUUCCCUCCUGCCCCGGCCUUUUACCAUAAGCCCGCGUCGAUAGAUGAUCUGGUGGAUCAUAGUGUCGGGAAGAUGCUGGAUCUAUUCGACUUGGACACGGCGGAGUUUGAGCGAUGGGAGGGGCUGAAGAAGCAAUGA